AUGGGUGGCGGCCCGAGGUUUAAGCGGGUUUGUGAUCGGGGGAGCCAUGUCGUCCUGCAGUUCCUCAAUGAGAAGUUCAAGGAGACAGUGCACAAGCUGGAGCAGGAGCCGGGCUUCUACUUCAACAUGAAGCACUUCGAGGACCUCGUGCAGGGCGGCGAGUGGGACGAGGUGGAGAGGUACCUCAGCGGCUUCACCAAGCUGGAGGACAACCGCUACUCCAUGAAGAUCUUCUUUGACAUCCGCAAGCAGAAGUACCUCGAGGCCCUUGAUAGGCUCUAA